AUGGCGACUCUGCCCGCGCCGCCAGACACUCGUGAGAGCCUGAUCCUGCCCUGCGCCACAACGGCCGUCUCUGCUGCGCCACAACAAAACUCCGACCAGCCUCGUAUAACGUUUCAGAUAGCGGCGCAGGGCCAGUCACUUCGGCUCUGCUCCGCCGCCGUGCCCAAACUAACAAACAGGUCGAAGAGAACUAAGAAGGUUGGAAUCACCGGUAAAUACGGUGUCAGAUACGGUUCUUCCCUGAGAAGACAAUGUAAGAAGCUCGAAGUUCAACAACACUCCAAGUACGACUGCUCGUUCUGCGGAAAGAAGACCGUCAAGAGAGGAGCUGCUGGAAUCUGGACUUGCAAGUCCUGCAAGAAGACUGUUGCUGGAGGAGCCUACACCGUUUCGACUGCUGCUGCCGCCACUAUCAGAUCCACCAUCAGACGUCUGAGAGAGUUGGCUGAGGCAUAA